GCUGUUGUUUCCUCAGAGGGACACGGCGAGCCAAGUGGACGGUCGUUUCUAACGUUACUAGUUCACAACUAUCCUUCCCAUUACACUCACUGACAAGCUGGACGGCGAAAUGGGAGUCAACAAAAACUCUCUGCAGACUUUCGAGGUGCAGUUCAGUGGAUCGCAGAGCAACUACUCGGCCGGCGACAAGGUGUCGGGCAAGGUGGUGCUGCAAGCGGCUCACCCGCUGCGGGUCACCUCGGUGCGGAUCUCGGCUCUGGGUUACGCCCGGGCCGAAUUGAGCAAAGGCUCGCAGCCGCUGCGGCAGCAGCAGGAGUACCUGCGGUACGACGACACGCUGCAGGCCGACGGCGAGGAGCGGCACUCAGAUUUGUGUACCUCUAAGCUUCUACAGCCAAACAAAGUGUAUGAGUACAGCUUUAACUUCCAGUUGCCUGAAGGGCACCUCCCUCCAUCAUUCAAAGGGAAAUAUGGCAGUGUGUGCUACUUGGUCACAGCCUACGUUGACCAAGAAAAGCUCCCGACCCUGCAAGCCACCAAAAACUUUGAGGUGGUCGACCCCAUCGAUGUGAACACACCAAAUUUACUGUCUCCAGUUGGUGGUUCCAACAAGAAGAAUCUGACUUGCUUCUUCCUUUCUGAUGGCUACGUGUGCAUUGCAGCAAAGAUUGACCGGAAAGGCUACUGCCAAGGAGAUGACAUCUGCAUCAACGCGCAGUUCCAGAACAACUGCUCGAGGAUCGUUGUACCCAAGGCUGCCAUUCUGGCCAAGCAGACCUACCUGGUGAAUGGCAACACUAAGGUGGUGAAGGAGAAGUUGAGCAGCGUGCGAGGGAACCACAUCAUCUCAGGCAUGUCGGACUCCUGGUGCGCAAAGAGCCUCCGGGUCCCCACAGUGAAGCCAUCUGUCAACUCGAGCAUUAUCCGCCUGGAGUACUCACUGCUGAUCUACGUCCACAUUCCUGGAAGCAAGAAGCUAACCCUGGAGCUGCCCCUAGUCAUCGGUACCAUUCCAUUCAGCGGCAUGGACAGUCGCUCGUCCAGCAUGGCCAGCAACUGCAGCAUGAGCAGCAGCAGCAUGAGCUACAGCAGCAUGAGCUGGCCCCACAUGGAGUUCCCAGAGUCCAUGACAAUGUCUCCCUUUGGGGACAACCACCGAAUGGAGUGCCCUACCACACCCCUGCUGGAGGAGUAUGACAAUGUUCCACAGAGCCCCAUCUUCAUGAAGUCUGACUUCAGCUUCCCAUCCCCACCAGCCUACAGCGAGAUGGACGAGAAUGGGAACAGCGAGGCCGUAGUGCAGUGAAGAGGCCAAUACAGCAAGGACAUCCAAAAUUAACUGACUUGCAUUUAAGUUGUUUGGUGGUAACGAGGUGCUGGGCAAAAGACCCUAAAGGAAAAGUGGAGGGACCAGAACAGUUGCCAGUAAGGAUGAAGAGGCGUCAGGUCCUCACCACGGUUAAAUCCAGUCACUCUGCCAGCUGACAACAGCCAUUGUCAAGUGUUCGAAUCGAGGUUACGUCGGGAUUCUAGGAAAAUUGAGCUUCUCCCUUUGUAUGUGAGAGGAGCCAACUGCACACAGUAGUUAUUGAUCACGUGUGUUGCGAAUAUGUUCUGCUUGGGUUGUUUCACUUUGAGGUGUUAAUUAAAAUCCUUUGCCUUAAUUCAUGGUGCAAUGCAGGUAUUUCAUUGACGGCCUGCGCCACAUCUUGAUGCCAAGUCUGAGGCAUGACAGCAGACUGCCAGUAACUUGCUCCUCCUGUACCCUUCCAGGGUAGGUGGGCAUUUGUAUCCAAAUCCAUCCUUAAUGGUGAGGGAUGUAUUAACAAUGCAAAGAUACUCCUGAGUGGUUUCCAAUCCAGGAACUGCUGCCAAAGUUAGUAUUCUUUUCACUCCAAAAUGGUCGUUCUGACCCAGAGCCCCCACUCCUGUGUUCUAGCUAGUGUCUCAGAAUUCCAGCUCCUUCCCAGAGAUGGACAAGACCACAGAUGCUGGAAUCUGGAGCAAUAAACAACCUGCUGGGAGAACUCACUUAAGUAGCAACAUCUGACCCACAUAUCCAACAGUUCCUUUCCAUCAUUCUCCCUGCUACAAAUGCUGUUAGACCUGCUGAGUUCCUCCAGUAGACUGUUGCUCUAACUUCAUACUGUCUAGAGAAACCUUUGGCUUCUAUUGACUGGGAACUUCCUGACUUGGGGGUUCAGUGCUGACCAGCUUCCAUCUAUGGUAUUGAAAACAUUUCAAUGCACUUCAUUGUUUGUCUGUGUUUUUUGUACAAAGACCACUGUUUCAGGUUCUCUUAGCCUGUGGUCUGACCUGGGCCAUUGGGUCUACUGAUUGACUCCUUAGCAAUCUACUGGUGUUUAAGUAUUUUGAUAAGAUUUUAUUUAAACUUCCUGAUUUUUCUACUUGGCUUGUAUUAUGCAUUUUGCCAAAAGGUAUUUGUAUUUUUCUAAGCCUAAAGGUAUUUUGUACUUGUGAUUGUUUUAAAUAAAUCUGAAAUAUUUUAAAAAUUA